AUGGCAACCAAAAUUCCGUCUCUGGUGCUGAUGGCUGCCCUCACUUUCACCAUAUGUACUGCUAGGAUGCUCCCCAUGGGAAAGGCCAAGGCCAUCGACCUACAAAAGACUUUCUUUCACCCCUUCCUCCCACCUUUUGGUGGAGGGUUUGGUCAUGGCGGUAAAUUUGGAGGUGGUAGCAUAGGCAACGGUGUUGGCUUAGGAAAGGGGUUCGGUACUGGUUUUGGACGCUUCGGUCCAGGUGGCGGUGGGUUCACUGGUGGGGUUGGCGGUGGUCUUGGUGGUGGAGUAGGAUCAGGUUUUGGAAGUGGAGAUGCUUCUGGUGGGGUUCGGAUUGAUCGAGGCCCGAUUGGAGGACGUGGAACUGCUGGCCGCGCUGAUCGUGGUGGCAGAAGUAGUAAUGGUGGCGAAGUUGGCGCCUCCGGAGCUGCUGCUUCUGGUGACCGCGGAAAUGGGAAGCCUUGA